GCGUGAAAUAUACAGUUAUUGUAUGUUAAUUUUUAUAGAGUGUGUUGAACAAGUUACGACUCAGUUGUCAUUGGGAUUGAGAUUCUACGGAACUUGUUGUCAUUUCGUGAAGCGCCGGCAGAAUGGCGGAUUUAAACGCAAAGUUGGCAUUUGCCGUGAUCUCCUCAGCGUGCUGGUCUGCAUUCCAACAUGGAUACAACACCGGUGUACUGAACGCUCCUCAAGCUGUAAUGUCCGACUGGCUUCAUAAAUACGCACUGUCAGACACAAAUCUGACCAUAAACGCCAAUGCUGACCCUAAAGUAACAUCAAUAUGGUCUAUAGCUGUAUCAAUUUAUUGUGUGGGAGGCAUGAUUGGUGGACUCCUUACUGGAUUUAUAGCUGACAGGGUGGGCAGAAAAAACGGUUUGCUAUUGAAUAAUGCACUUGUAUUCUUUGCGGCUAUUUUGGAAGGAUUCUCAAAGCCCGCCAAUUCAGCUGAAAUGCUAAUUAUGGGAAGACUUCUCAUAGGAAUCAACAGUGGUCUCAAUGCCGGAUUGGUACCUAUAUACCUGGCGGAAAUAUCACCACUAUCCUUACGUGGAUCCAUCGGAACAGUCUACCAACUUGUGAUCACCAUCACCAUUCUUCUCUCUCAAAUCCUGGGUCUGGAGUCGAUUCUGGGCACACCAAACGGCUGGCCGUAUCUGCUAGCGCUGACGGCAAUUCCAGCUGCUAUACAAUUAGCAACGUUGCCAUUCUGUCCUGAAUCUCCCAAGUUCUUACUUCUAAAUAGAGGAAGAGACUCAGAUGCUCAGAGCGCUCUUAACUGGCUUCGUGGUAACGUUGCUGUUCGUGGGGAAAUGGAAGAAAUGCACCAAGAAGCGGAGAAGAACAAAGUGAGUAAGAAGGUGACACUCCGGGAGUUAUUCAGCAACCGUCAGCUCCGGCAGCCGCUCAUCAUUGCAAUGAUCGUGAUGAUUGCUCAGCAGCUGUCAGGAAUCAACGUGGUCAUAUUCUUCUCCACUGAUAUAUUCCUCAACGCAAAUAUCAGUGACCGGUAUUCACAAUAUGCAACAUUAGGUAUGGGUGCUAUGAAUGUUGUGAUGACGGUGGUAAGCCUGAUACUAGUCGAAUGUGCUGGUCGGAAGACGCUACUCCUAACUGGGUUCAUCGGCAUGUUCAUCACCACAGUAGGGCUGUUCAUCACCAAUCAAUACGAUGACAACAAUAAGACUAUAACCUGGUUACUUGUCACUGAGUUAUUCAACCAGUCAGCGCGGCCGGCGGCAACAGCGGUCGCAGUUACCGUCAACUGGACAGCCAAUUUUAUAGUUGGGCUGAGUUUCUUGCCGUUAUCGCUCGCGCUUGGCUCCUACACCUUCAUUAUAUUUGCGGUGCUGCAACUGAUCUUCAUAGUAUUCAUAGCCUUCAAGGUUCCAGAAACAAAGAACAAAACUAUCGAAGAAAUCACCGCUAUGUUUAGGCAGCAAAUGUGAAAAGUCUGUUUCUUACCGAACUAGUUACAUAUACAAAUAACAUACGUAAACAACGAACAUACAAAACAGUUAUAUGUAACUAUUUUGUACCCAUAACUAGUAACGGGUAAACCGGUACUGUACCGGUUUGUAAACCGAUUGAUAUAUAUAUACAAACAUAAAAUUGUGCUAAUU